CGAUUCGCUCGAUCUCACUGCGGCAAAUUUUAUUGUGUAAAAAUGUCGGAAAGAAAAGUUUUAAACAAAUACUAUCCGCCGGAUUUCGAUCCGUCGAAAAUUCCACGGGUGAAACUUCCCAAGAACCGUCAGUACACGGUCCGGCUGAUGGCACCGUUCAAUAUGCGCUGCGUAACCUGCGGCGAGUACAUCUAUAAAGGCAAAAAGUUUAAUGCUCGCAAGGAAGAUGUGGAAAACGAAGAUUACCUCGGGAUCCGAAUCUACCGGUUCUACAUCAAGUGUACGCGCUGUCUGCAGGAAAUUUCCUUCAAGACUGAUCCCCGCAACACGGAUUACGAGAUCGAGGCGGGUGCUACGCGUAAUUUUAUGGCAUUGAAGCUGGCGGAAGAGCAAGCGCGUCGGGAGGAGGAAGAGGCCCGUGAAGAAGAGGCAACCAAUCCGAUGAAGCUGCUCGAGAAUCGAACGCAGCAGUCGAGGAACGAAAUUGAACUGCUGGAAUCGCUGGAGGAACUGAGAGACCUGAACCGUCGGCAGCAGGACAUCGACUACGACAGUAUGCUGCAGCAGUUUGAUCGCAAGGAAAGCAUCCAAGAGCGUGAGGAACGAUUGGCACGUCAGGACGAAGAAUUUAUCAAAACUGUUAAAUUCCAAAACAAAACCGGCAUCAAACGGGUAGCCACAGAAGUAGUCGUAGAAGAAGUGAAAGAAGAAAAAUCCGACGAAACCCUCCAGACAGCACCAUCCGGAAGUAUGAAUUCUUCAGCAUCAUCAUCGGCAUCAUCUUCCUCUACCUCAGUGGCACCUUCCUUCGCCAGCGCCAAGACAAGGAAGCUCGAUAACAUAAGCAUCGGAGUGAAGAAAAGUGCUCUCAGCAAUUUGGUUAUCAAAAAGAAGCCAACGGCAGAUGCGGCAAAAGUCAUGCCACCACCCAAAGCUCCGCCGCCUGUAGCCGCGCCUUCUGCGACAGCAGUGACUGCUGCUGCCACAACCGGAAGUAGCGGAAUCGGAAGUUUAGGGCUGCUGGGUGCCUAUUCUGACAGCGAUGAGGGAUCGGAUGAAAACUAAGCGCAGUCAAAAAGUUUGUUGUUGAAAUAACCAUGAAUAAAACAGUACGAACGUUGUUGAAUCAUUUGCUUU